CAGCUCCUCCCCUGCUCUCCCGCAGCCGCUCCUGAGCUUUGAUGAGGUGCCUGACACCCCCUACUGCACCGGCACAGAAGACGACCCCUCCAGCCUGGUGGAUGUGGCCGGACCCCACCAGAUGACCCUGAGUUACCAGCAGGCCCUGCAGCAUGCAUCUGGCUCUGACAGCCAGGACAUGGAUGACGGACAGCUGCUGUUGACCAAUGGAGACACGCUGCUUAAAGAAGGGACCCAGGCGAGUGAAGGCUACUUCAGCCAAUCACAGGAGGAGGAUUUCGCCCAGUCAGAUGACUGCACUGCAAAAGUCAACCCAACACCAGUUUUUUAUAACAAACCACCAGGUUAGUUGACAGCAGA